UCAGUUGGGGUGGUUGGAUUUUUCAUUCCUGGAAUUCAUUUACAUUGCACAUAAAGUGCUCGAAGUCCGUCCUGUUCAGAGUUUAAUUUAUAUUUUUGAAAAUUUGCAUUAUCCCCUAAAACAAAAGAAAACAAAGAAUAUUAAAAAUAAUUCAAUCCAAUUGAUUUCGAAAAUCGGAAAUUGAAUAUUGAAAAACUGCAAAUACACAGGAUAGAAAAAAAAAGAAAUAUAUUUUGUACAUAUAUUUUUAUGCGGAGCUUUCACGUGUGUGUCAUUUUUUCCCGUCUAUCUACAUAACAUAUAGAAAAGCAUAGUGGUGACUCAUUUUCUUUUGUUGUUUAAUAUUUAUUUUGAUUCUAUACCAUUUCUGGUUUUUGAUUCUCUUUUUUGCUGUGCCUAAAGUGCGGUGAUAAUUUUCUAAAAGUGUUUUCUUUUUUCUUCUAUUCCUAUAGUUUAUUACAGCUUAUUUGAAUAAAAAACAAAACAAAAAUUAUUAAGAUUGAGAGACAAUUUAAAAAUAUAAAAGUUUUCAUAUUAUUAUACGGCUUUACAAACAAAACGAAAAAACAAAUAAUAUUUAAUAAAUAACCAGUGCUUUGCCUUUUACUGUUAAAUGAGUGUAUUUUAAAUAAAUAAUCUGCUUACUAAAUUUUAAAUCUAUUACAACAAAUACAAGUAAAAUCUUUUAAAACAAAAAUGAGUAAACAAUAAUCAUUGAGAACAAUAAAUCAUAACAUAGUUAACAAAGAAAGUAUUUUAAAUUUUUGUAUCAUAAAUCAAAAGAAAUGAUUAUUUCAAAGGCCAUUAACGAUUACAGGAUUCGAAAAAUCGAAAACAUUGGCAAAAUGACACAAAUGACACAAGACGAAAUCGUCAGUAAUACGAAAACAGUCCUCCAAGGAUUGGAAGCAUUGCGAGUUGAGCAUGUUUCUCUUAUUGCUGGCAUGGGCGAAGCCCAUCGUGAUAAUGAAAAAUCUGAUAUUGUUCAAAAGAAUAUCGAGCACAUUGAAUUGGGUGUAAGUGAGGCUCAAGUGAUGAUGGCUCUGGCAUCACAUUUACAAAAUAUCGAAGCUGAAAAACAAAAACUCAAAACUCAAGUGCGUCGCUUGCAUCAGGAAAAUGCCUGGUUGCGAGAUGAAUUGGCAAACACUCAACAAAAAUUUCAAGCUUCCGAGCAAUUAGUUGCACAAUUGGAGGAAGAGAAAAAGCAUUUGGAAUUUAUGGCAUCUGUUAAGAAGUAUGAUGAUAAUCAAGAGCCCGAAGAAUGCAAUGAGAAAUCACGUACUGAUCCUGUAGUUGAAUUAUUCCCCGAUGAAGAACACGAGGAACGUAAUAAUAUGUCACCAACUCCACCUAGCCAGUUUGCCAAUCAAACAUCAGGCUAUGAAAUUCCAGCAAGACUACGCACAUUGCACAAUUUAGUUAUUCAAUAUGCCUCACAAGGAAGGUACGAAGUUGCAGUGCCACUGUGUAAGCAAGCAUUGGAAGAUCUGGAGAAAACCAGUGGACACGAUCAUCCAGAUGUUGCUACAAUGUUGAAUAUUUUAGCUUUGGUCUAUCGUGAUCAGAAUAAGUACAAGGAGGCUGCGAAUCUUCUUAACGAUGCUCUCUCAAUUCGAGGAAAAACUCUUGGUGAAAAUCAUCCUGCUGUUGCUGCUACAUUAAACAAUUUGGCAGUAUUGUAUGGCAAACGAGGCAAAUAUAAGGAUGCCGAACCAUUGUGUAAACGGGCUCUAGAAAUCCGUGAAAAGGUUCUUGGCAAAGAUCAUCCAGAUGUGGCUAAACAACUCAACAACUUAGCAUUGUUGUGCCAAAAUCAGGGCAAAUACGAUGAAGUCGAAAAAUACUAUCAACGAGCUCUAGAAAUUUAUGAAACUAAACUUGGUCCCGACGAUCCAAAUGUAGCAAAAACCAAAAAUAAUUUAGCCAGUUGUUAUUUGAAACAAGGCAAAUAUUCUGAUGCUGAAAUUUUAUAUAAACAAGUGCUAACAAGAGCCCAUGAAAGAGAAUUUGGAGCUAUCGAUAGCAAAAAUAAGCCAAUUUGGCAGAAAGGUGUAAAGGAAAUGUUAAAUAAGUUCUUACCGAACAAAUCAUCAUGAGAUCACUGCAUAUAUAAUCUUCCCAUAUAAAAAUAUAAAUAAUUAAACAAAUUAAAUUACAAAAACUUAAAUUAACAGAAACAAUAUUUUGAAAAUUGUAAUAAUUUACAAACAAAAUGUGCUAAAAAACUAGUAUUUUCUUUGUCUCUCUUUAAUAAUUUCUUUGUUCCGAAUAUAAACUUGACAGUGAUCAUAUAAAAGCUUAAGAAAGUUGUCAAUUACAUAGAUUAAAUAUUUACGAGCUUAAUUUUAAUUGUAAAGGAAACUAUUAAGGUUUUCAAAAAGUAGCAUAGGCUUAGAACUGUUCUUCCAUAUUAAAAAACAAACAAAAACAAAUUGUAUAGAACUAAAUUUAUUGUUAUUUAUCUUUGAGCAUCUGCUGCAAAUCAAAUAAAAUAGUUUUAUAGCGCAA